AUGAACAACCGGGGAAAACAGAAUGAUUCCGGCUCUGGCUCCGGCUCCGGCUCUGGCUCCGGCUCCGGCUCUGGAGAUAACCGCCGGACUUAUGACUGCAACAUCUGCAAGAGAGGUUUCACGAAUCCUCAAGCCCUCGGUGGUCACAAUAACAUCCACAGCAGACGCGAAAGAAACCUCUCUUCCUUUUCUCCUUCCAACUCAUUUCCAUUUUCUCUUCCUUUACCAUCUCAGUCUCCCUCCUUCUCCAUAAACUCCACGAACCCUAAUGAUAACAACAACCCGUCUCCAUAUCUUCCGACCAUCGAUUCAUACCACCACCAAGUGUCUCAGCCACCGUUAAACCCUAGCCACAACACACAAUACUUUGGAUCAUCAUCAUCAAGAGGAGGAGGGAGAUUUGCUCAAGGGGAGUCUCAUGGUCUGGAUUUGAGCUUAGGGCUCGGAUACAUGAUGAAUGAAGAUGAUGACACUCACCGAAGCCCACCAGAGACCGAAGGUUCUGAGCCUCAAGAUGAUGAUCUUGAUCUUGAUCUUCGUCUCGGCCGUCAUCGUCAUCAUUGA